UCUGGCGGCUUGAGGAGGCCUAAAGGUUGCUUAGUCAGCUAAUCACUUUUCCUCAAGUGGUCAACGCAGUGCUCAGUCUCGGACUCGAUGUCACUUACCCGUAUACAGGUCCAACGAGCUACUACUGUCUCGCCAUGGACGAGAGAUUUUCGACAUCUUCUCCCUGUCCCGAAACACUUCCAAAAUAGACAGACAUGGUUCGACCCCAUCACAAAGGCCGUACGCGUCAAGGACCGCAUAAAAUACUGGAACGUCGUUCCAGGCGAUCAAAUUUGCAUACGUGGUGACACACGCAAGACCAUCCACGAGGUUCUCAGCAUAAAUAAAUUUACCAACCGCGUCUAUUUGAAGGGUGCCAACCUCCACGAGGGGAAGCAAUACAAGACCCCGGUCAACCGUAGUGUGCACUACUCAAAAUGUAUGCUUUACGUGGGUGAACAACUGCUAAAGGCCACCUCACCUGGUGAGCAGCCCAAGGCGAUCUCUGUGUUUGCGAGACGUAUUAGUGUGCGAAAACCUCAUUGGGAUCCCAUUCUCUACCGCUGGAACUGGAAGCGUCUGGUGCUCGCUACCGAUCCAUAUACCUCGGAGACAAAGAUCGAACUUGCAUGGCCUCAACCGGAAGAGAGAGAACACAAAGAACCUAAUCCAUUGUUGGACACGACGCCUGAGGCGGUUCGGGAAAUAACGUACAAACCACCCGUGUUCUCUCUAUCCAAGUUGAUUUCCCUCAAGAGCGGCACAACUGAGAACGCGUACCUUAGGACACUGUUCAAUCCUUCCGCCGUUCCUUUCGACCCAUCAUCGCCGAUGGAGGUACAUGUUGUAAAGGAACUGAGCAAUCCUCAUAGCAGAGCGAAGAAGCAAGCGCGCUGGCAGGCUGCUAUGAAGCGCAAGAGCACGCUUUUCAAGAAGUUCGUUGCCCAGGAACUUGGGCAUCUCAAUGGCCGGAGUAUUCGUGAUGCACGCGCCGAAGCUGCUUUCAAAUACCGGCAAAGGCUAGAAGAGGAGAGAAAGUCAGAAAAGAAACGGAGGUGGUUGACCAAGGACCGUCUUGCGAAGAUGCAAAGAAAGUCUCAGCGCAAGGCAAGGAAGGCGGAGAAACAGAAGGAGAAGCUCAGCCAGCUGGUCUUGCGGGAUGCGCCAAACCAGUUUAUUCCUGGCAAGUCUGCGAGGAGAUAAGAGGCAUGAUAUGGUGUUGGGGGAUGCUUCUAGCUAUAGUACACGCUUGAUUGUUUAUUCAACUGCUGAUUAAUUGCUUCCCCGAUUAUCUCAGAUAUCUGGAUCCCUGUGGCCAGAAUUACUGCUAAUUGUGACGGUAGAAGUGACAGAAUCACCACUUCUGCGACUUGACAACAUAUAUUAGAUGAAAGAGCAUCAGCGCGUCGUGCACAUCCCACUGUCCAUCAUUGUGUGAGGUGCUAUCAACCUAGCAUGAUC